AUGAGGACGUUCGCGCAGUCGCCGCGAAAGCUCCAACGGGGAAGCGGUCGCUUGUGCGUGUGCGCCCUUGCCGCUGCGAUUGCAGUGGCUUCACAGCUGCUUUGCCAUGCUCACGAAGGAGCUACGAGCCGUGCCUUUGCAGGCGCUGGUGGUGGCAGAGCUUCAUCAAAGCUUGCACUGGUAGGUCUGCGACCUGCGAGAACGAUGUGUCGUGGUAUUUUCGAUGAUCUUCAGAGCUCACUGACGGACAAGGCCGUGCAAGCUGCCUCAGGGAUGACUGCGGAAGAGAGCGAGGCAUUGAUGGAGAAGUGCAAGAAGGGGAAAAUCACUUUGGAUGACUACCUCACACUCAUGAAGAUGUUCAGCAAACUGGGUGAGGUUCGCGAUGCCGUCGCGCCUUUGGCCAACAUGCUGAAGAACCAGGCCGGCGCAGACGAAGACAUCGAGAACGCGAAGUCACAGCUGGGUGAAAAGGAAGCACUUGUGGCUGCAUUGAGCGAGGAGGAGCGCGCAAAUCCAGACGUGUUCUUCCAGUCCGGGACAGCUGGGCGCAAGGCCAUUCGUCGCUGGGCAGAGGCGGCAAAAAAGACAGAUCAGGAAAUCCUCGACUUCAUGUUGGAGUUUCGAACUAUCAAGUCCAUGUUCAGCCGGAUCCAGUCGGGCGAAGACUUCGCGGACGUGCAGAGGGAGCUGAAGAUGGACGCAGAGGAGCUCAAAUCGACGCUGAAGUCUCGAAAGGCCAGAAGAGCGUCGAAAGGGAAAUCGGCGAAGAAAGGGGGCGGAGGCAAGCAGCCUGAAUGGAUGACCCUCUAA